CCACCUGCCAAAUUGUGUUUUCCCCUGCCAAUUUUCAACAAAAUCCGCUCAUUUUGGUGGAAAAUCGCCCAAUCUGGCAACCCUGACUGUGAUACUGACCGCCCGUGCUUUGGGACGGCGGAGGGGCUCACGGCAGCUCGACUCGCUGCUCACUGAGGACAGUAACUGCAGAACAAUAUGUUUUCACGUUCGAGACUCCAAGUCUCCAAUAACACCAGAAAAAGUCGCUAGAUUUGUCGCUAGUCGCUUUUUUGAAAAAAAGUCGCUAGAGGGGUCUGAAAACUCGCUAAAUAUAGCGACAAAGUCGCUAGGUUGGCAACACUGCUUGGCUGGUCAACAUAGGCAGAUAAUACGCUAAAUCAAAAUACGCUAAACCCAUCAAAAUUAAUUUUUUGAAUAAACAAAACAGUUGUCCAACCAAAGUUAUCAAACGAGCCAAUGCUACAAGCGUGGUUGAACAAUGCAUCGGUCGAUUGAGUGAAAUGAAAUUGCAGGAAGCUUUGCAAGGCUUGCAGGAGUUGUGUCCAAAUAACAUUCAGAGGAAUGUUGGAGUAGAUGUGGGACAUUGCAGUGUGCCCAGUCAGCCCAUGCUGGAAUGGUUUUCUCUUAAAUUGUUAGGCGCUUCCAGCCUCCUGAGCCGAACCCUGGACCAUUGUUCCAAAGCCUUCUUGUUGACUAGACAGCAUCUUUGUUUGUCCGAGUUUAUUGUGCUGAACUUGGUGCUGGUGAGCAUGCUCAGUCGACUCUGGGUAUUUUAUAGAGGUAUCUUGACAGCACUCAUUCCUUUGUACCAGAGCAUCAUAAAUCUCCUUCGUGAUGUUGUACCAUGUCAUUCCAUGGCUCUUCCUGUAGACAUGGCAAUGUUCUUGGGCCGUGGCUACUCUGAUCUGCUUAUGAGUCAACAGGAGUUCACUGGAAUAAAGGAAGUCACAAAACUCUCUCUUCUUGACAGGCUGUUUAAGAAGGAGGUGGAUGAAGAUUUUGAAAAGGCAGAAAAAAAGGGUCCUUCUUUAAUUUUGGACAUAAAGUCGAGGCUUCAGCAAGUCCAAGGAGUUACUAAACCGUCCACAGCUGAAGGGUUCGUUAAAGCAGCAUCUUCACCAGAAUUAGGUGCUUCCAAUUUGAAUAUUGUGGAGAAGAUGGGGAAGUUCCUAACCCAGCCGAAGACAGCAUCCAGCCUUGGAGACAUGAAAGAGCACCUUAAAGAGAUGAUGGCAUGGUGCAGGAGGUGUAAGCUGCAUCAGGAACACGGCUGGCUAGCCUUUACUUUCCUUAGAUGUCAAAAGAUACAGGCUGUUGAUUGUGAGGGUGUCAGUGUGCAGAAGAGACUUCGCAGACUUUGUUUAAGGCUUCAUCGUCUGCUGCUUAUAAGAAAAUCCCUGCCAAGACCUUCCCCUUCUCUUCAGUGGAAGAGUAAAUGUUUCCUCAGAACUCGAUUUCCAACACUGAUGGCACGUUAUGGAAGCAUCAGGAGCCGUUUUGGGCUGGUCAGAAUGUGCUGUAAAGUAUCUGGAGAACUUUAUGAUGAGAGAACAAAGUCUUCAAAGAAAUGUAAAAAAAGCAAGAAGGACAUAGGAGUUCUAUCAUUGCAUACAGAGAUGUCAAAAAGCGGUGGCGUAUUUAGUAAGAAGGAAAACAAAAUAGAGAAACAGCCAUCAAACAUGAACAAUGAUGAGAUUGAUGAUAUCUUUUCAUCUAUUGUGUAAUGUCGUUUAAGUAGAUUUUUAUUUAAAAUGUAAUCAUACUUACAAAAUCUGAGCAUAUUCGAUAUUUUAAUAGCUUAGAUAAAGAAAAAAAAAUAUUUUGGAGCUGUUCAACAGUUUUGUUACAGGAUGCAUUAAACACAUUUCAAAGACAAGUGGUUGUUACAAUGUGAAUUUUGUUGAAUAAACUCAUAUCCAAAUGAUAAUUAAACAGCAGUGUUAAGCUGCUGUCAACAAUUUGAACAUAACUUGAAACCUCUCAGAUACAACCCCAAAUCAGAAAAAGUUGGGACAAAAUGGAAAAUGCAAAUAAAAUAAAAAUGCAGUGUUCCUUUCAUUUACUUUGACUUUUAUUUGAUUGCAGGCAGUUUUAACCUAAUAUAUUUCAUGUUUUGUCUGCUUAAGUUCAGUUCAUGUGUUAAUAUUCCUCCAUUCUUGCAUUUCAGGCCUGCAACACAUUCCAAAAAAAGUUGGGAUGGGGCAAUUUAGGGCUAAUAAUGAGGUGAUUGUAAUCAUGGUUUGGUCCAAAAGCAGUGUCCAGAAAAGGCCGAGUCUUUGAUGAGAAGCUGGCCAGAGGAUCUCCAGUUUGUUUUUAAACGUUGCAAUAAUUUUUUCAUGCAUUUGUUGACAAUGUACCUAAAAUAAAAGAUGGAUUUGCAUAUUUUUUCCUUUACAGUGUAUAAUAUCAGUAAACGAUUCAAGGAAUCCAAAGGAAUUUCAGUGCGUAAAGCCCAGAGGCACAAGCUUAAUCUGAACUUCCAUGAUCUUUGAUCCCUCAGACGACACUGCAUCAAGAACUGCCACUCAACAAUAGCUGAUAUAACCGCAGGGGAUUACUUUGGCAAACCUUCCUCAAGCAAUAUGGAGUUACAUGCACAAAUGCCACUUUAAACUUUACUGUGCAAAAAAGAAGCCUUAUGUUAACCAUGUCCAGAAGACUUUUGUGGGCUUGGAGGCAUCUAGGAUGGACCAUCACACAGUGGAAACGUGUAUUGUGGUCAGAAGAAUCAGCAUUCCAGGUCUUUUUUUGGAAAAAAAAUGGAUGUUGUGUGCUCCGAACCAUCCAGGACCAUCCAGACCAGACCUGGGCAUUGUACGGCCCGCAUGCCACAACAGGUGUUCUGUCGAUUUAUCCUACCCAUCGAUUUGUCCUACCGAGCAUGCGCACAUCGGUUUUUGACUCGUUGCGGGGAACGCCUAUAAUUCUGUGCUACCUUUGCCUAAUUUAUUUCUUCUGGUGGUUAGUAACGUACGGUUUCGUUUUAAUUCUUUAAAAAGUUUAAGUGUAUGUAAUGCCGUUAUUAUGUGACUGAAA